UUGGUAAUAUCCGAACUUGUCAUUUACUCGCAUUUUCUAGAUCAGUUCAUCAGAGAUCUCGAACUCAAUCUCACGAAAGCAGAUAUCGCAAAGCCGAUAUGGCUUGCAUAUAAAGAGCAAACGGACGGAAUCACAGCUCUGCAUUCAUGGUCUCUGCAACCGUUUGAAGCUCACCAUCCUGACUACUACGUGUUUGGCAACGAUUCUACUCCUCUUCAAGAGCAACUGAAUACAGCCCUGGAGUGGCUCAAAAUGGAUGCCUUUUCACGACCGGGUUUGAUUAUGAUUUACUGUAAAGAAACUCUUAAAAUUCUUGAGAAUGUUGACGAAUCAGUGGUACAGAAAUCGCUGGCAGAGGUCGACGGUAUCCUUGACCGGUUCUUUGGUGAACUUAACAGAGAGGCAAUUUUAGAUUGCGUGAAUGUGGUUGUAUUGUCUGAUGAAGGACUAACUAACGGACUUACUAUGAUGGAUGUACAUCAAUAUAGCAGCGGCUACAAUGUAUCCAAUCCCAACCCACUUACUACCAUCCACGCUGUAGAAUCUGGCAAAUUCAAUCGCAGUUUUACAUUUUCCUGCUCAAAGGAAAACAGCAGGAAAAUCUUUUUACCAUCUACUUUACCCACUCGCUGGCACAGCAGCUUGAGUGAAAACAGUGGUGAUAUUCUACUUUCAACCACGCUAAACGGUGGAAAAUGCCGACAUGUUGACACUGAAUCUGAUUGCCCCGAUGAAGGAAUGCAAACAUUUUUUUUUGCUCAAGGACCAUCAUUCAAUAGCGGAUUGGUUUUACCUAAGAUUCAGAACAUCGAACUUAUGAAUUUAUGGCUAGAUCUGUUGAACAUGCAUUAUCUGCCCAAUAACGGCACUAUUGGGAUCAUGGACGAAGCUCUUAGAAAGCCUAAAAGGCGAGAAAAGAGGAGACGAUUUGGUAUUAGGGAAUGUCCAUUCGUUAACGAAGAGUUUGUAAUCAACUGUGGAGGGUGCACAGCAUUGCAGCAGGCGCGAAUAACCAAAUGGAUGAACAGCUGUGAUCAGCCAAACAGACCUGUUGUGCUGUUCUCGUCCUCCUCCUUUUCGCCUUGCUAUCAGAAAAUCUGCGAGAAACUCAUAGUCAUAGGGACAGAUGGAGAUGAUUCGCUUGCUCUCGUAGAGCUAUUCCAUCAAAACAAUACUGUAGCAAGAUCAGAAUCGGACUGUCGUUAUGUGAACUCGCGCUAUCGAUAUGAGUGCCCAACACUAAUGUCGUCAGAAGGAUAUGAGCUUCGAUCGCUUUCCCCCAACCCUAAAAAAGUUCUUGCGCGAGAAGCAACUAUUCAAGUGUCUUGGAAAAGCACAUUUAUCACAGAUGUAUUGGAUCCCUUGAAUGAUUACACAUUGGCGAUAUCCAAAGAACUAGGCAGAGUAAUCUGUAUUACAGGAACUGCGUACGACCGCAAUUUUGAUGGGAUCGCUGACAAAGAAAGACGAGGUUCUCCUUCUCAUCUUUAUCGCAUCCUCAUUGCAUGUUCAUCCGGUUGGUCAUCAGAUGGAUUCACUUGCACACAUGCGCGAAGCACCAAAGUGCUUGCUUUUAUAUUUCCACACAUGGAUCGCGAUGCUAACUGCUUGCCGUCCCGCGAACUUCUUUUGCUUUACACAGCACGACUAAAGGAUGUGGAGUUAAUAGCAGGAAUGGACAUAGAUCUGCCAGGUGUUUCAGCAACUCAUGCACUGUAUUUAAAAGUCAGUGUUGUCAAUCACUUAUGGUAG